AUGACCACCGCUGCUACGAAAAAAACGAAAGGAAUUGACGGUGGUUGGGGAUGGCUCGUCGUCCUGAGCGCGUUCCUAAUCCACGUCGUCGCUGAUGGCUUUGUCAACACCCUCGGAAUUCUGAUGGACGACCUGAAGACGCAACUCCACUCCGACAAUACCAACGCCGCUCUCGUGUUCUCAAUUUUGAAUGGAUUUUACAUGGCCUCAGGAGUUUUCGCCACGGUGCUUAUCGACCGAAUCGGAUGUAACUUAACGUGCGCGAUUGGAUGCGUCUUUUCGGCUACUGGCUGCUUCCUCUCGCUGUGGGCCGAUUCCAUGUUGUGGUUGGGAGUUACCGUAGGUGUCAUACUUGGUACCGGUGCCGGGCUGAUGUACUGUCCGGCCAUCGUUUGCGUCACUCGACACUUUCAUCACAAACGCGCCCUCGCCACCGGAAUUACAGUAUGCGGCGCGGGAAUCGGCUCCUUCCUGUUCAGCCCCAUCAAUGCGUUCGUGAUCACCCAUUUCGGGGCGCCGGCCGUCUUCAAGCUGUUCACUGGGCUAUUCCUCUUCUCCAUCCUGUUCGCCCUCACGUUCCGCGAGGUUCCAAAAGAACCGGCAAAACCGGAAGCGGAAAAUGGGCAACUUUUAGCGAAACCGGCGGAGAAGAAGGAGGAAGAGGAUGGAAUGCUGCACUGGUUCAAAGAAGCCCUCAUCCUCUUCAAAAACCCGUUCUUCCUCUUCUAUGGCCUCUCCGCGAUGCUGACGUCAUUUGGAACAAACGGGCCCACAUAUUUCUUACCAUUCUACGCGAAGGAGACGCUAAAAUUGAGCCAAGAGGAGGCGGCCAUGCCGCUGGCUGUGUACGGACUUCUGAAUACGAUAGGACGAGUGGUGUGCGGCUUCAUCGGCGAUUUCCGGGAGAACAAGUCGAGAAAUCGUGUGGUGCUGCUGGGAAGCUCUUUGGUGAUUUGCGGCUUGCUAUGCUGCGGCUCUUUCUUGAUGCUCGACUUUUGGUCGUUGGCCGUUUACGCGGGGCUGUUCGGUUUCAGUCUCUCCGCCUCGAUCUGCCUGAUGUCGGUCGUACUCGUCGAUCUCGUCGGCACCGAAAAGCUUACCCAAGCCUUUGGAAUUGUUUUGACGUUGAAGGGUAUCGGCACUCUGGCCGGGCCGUCGAUUGCCGGGUUCUUGGCUGAUAUUGCUGGCUCUUACCAUCCGACUUAUAUAUUUUCGGGUCUGGCCCUCGUAUUUUCCGGUCUGCUACUCAUUCCGAUGCUCGGAAAAGUAUCUAAAGCAAAACGAUCCGAGCAACCACAACAAAUUGAUCAA